AGUGAGCCUUCAGUCGAGAGCGUGGUGGCAGAGUGUCAACAGGUGGCAGAGAGCAGCCAUAAGGGCAGGAGAGUUGGUCUCACUCGCACUAACUUUCCCCCACCCCUCGUCUUUCCUCCCCGUUACGGAAAGGAGAGCAGUGUGCAUAACGCGUUAACGAGGUCUCUUCGAUUUGUAAAAGACUCGUCGGUUUCAUAGUACGCGAUGUGUUGUUAUAAGCAGAUAGGAAGGUUGGUUAAGCUAGAGAGAAACUGUACGAUCGGAAAGGUGCAGUCAGCAAGUUAUUGUCGACUUCUGUUUCCGUGAGAAGUUACCUUUGAAACUUCAGGUAGAGAAGAUGAUGCCAGCCCUGGACUCUCGUCUUCCGUCCCUGGAUAAGUGUUGGAUGUGAUUUUUCCCCCUAAAAUCUCUCGCGGUGAUUGAAGAAGAGGAAGACCUGCGUUUGCCUGAAGUGUUUUGGUGUGCUCUCUCGCUCCUCAUCAGAAUACAAACAUCUGGAGUCGAUUCCAGAUUCAGAGAAAUAUGGAGAAAAUGUGUCUCUACCAAAUCACUUGGAAAAAUGCAAGUCAAGACGUCAACUCAGACGCCUGUGAACUGACUCACUUAAAACACUCGGUGGAACCCGCCCAAAAUUAGUGCGAUUUUCAGGUGGUGUUUUGAUAGUACGAUAACCUCAUUACCGAAGUAGGACUGAGUGAGUGACCUCCAAGCCUGAGAGACCCCCCUCAGACAUGUCUUCGUGUCGGCCGCGCCGCCACAGCAUCGUGACCCUCAGACUGACGGUGACUCCUGACGAGGUCUUCGGACAAGGGUCCCCCUCCGCCACCCAGUCCCCCCCUACCACCAUCCAUUCCACGACAAGCCCCACCCUCCCUCCCCGUCCGAGGUCUCACUCCCGCCAGAGGUACUCCCAGGGCCGUCAGGGUCCCACGUCUCCUCUCCGGAGGACGCCUACUUCUCCCUUGCCUCGAACGCCUCCUCCGCUAUGUCGCACACCCACGACGCCCCUCAGCAGGACUCCCACGUCACCUAUGAGCCGCACGCCCACAUCGCCGCUGUGUCGAGAGCCUUCCUCGCCCAUGGGCAGGUCAACCACGCCCUCGCCUGUGUCCCCGAGGAGUACUAGCGGCCGGCACUUUAGAUACGAGUCAUGGCAAGACCAACGAGGACUCCGGAGACGGUCUUCCUUGCUAACGGUUCCAUCCACACACGACACCUUGUCAGAUCUCCACCUCCGCCUUCCGCGACCCAGGUCGUCUUCCAUAGCCGGGCCUCUGCGGCCCCCUGAUCUCGCCAGGUACCUAACGGAAGCCGGCCUGAGACAUGGCAGACUGGGAGACGACUGCGGCAGCGGCGACGUCAGCAUCUGCAGCAGCUUCGACGAAUCCGAGCAGGAGGCCGACGCGACGAGCCCCCAGGGCUUCGAACCGCCCGUCGGGGACUCUUCUCCUAACGAUCAGGGCCGCACCACUCCUUCGCCGCUGGCUAGGUCGGGUCACGUCUCCCCCGGGAGCUUCGCGGGGUACAGUACGCACGACUCUUAUAUAAACGAUCCGCCGAAGAGGCGGAAUAGCAGCGCUGAUCCCUCGACGGGUGUCUGCCGCCUUCGUCAGUUCACCAUCACCUCCCGGGGGGGCGUAGUCAACAGGGGCGACUCCCUCCGGCCGAGGAGAUCAGCGUCGAAUACUUCCGUCACUUCUACUGUGUCGUCCUGCAGCAGGGAGAGGAUACCCAGCGUGGGUUCGAGCACAUCCACACCUGGCUGCAGCAAAGUGCCUACGCCCAAUCCGGCUCCUCAGUACCGGGUGGUCAUGAUUGGCGCCGUGGGUGUGGGGAAGUCGACCCUCAUCACGCAGUUUAUGACCUCUGAAUACAUGUGCGCAUACGAUGACUCGCCUGGUAACGACGAAUCGGGUCAGGAGAGGAGCGUCUCCGUCAUUCUCGAGGGCGAAGAGGCCGAACUCAUCUUCAUACGCCUUCAGGACAUCACGCAAGCCAUUGCCCGCGAAGGACACGCUGACGGAUGGGUCAUCGUCUACAGCAUAAGCGACAGAGACAGUUUCAAGGAUGCCUCCACGACGCUGGGUCGGGUCUGGUCCCUAGGCCACGUCACCCAGAGGGCCGUGAUUCUCGUAGCCAAUAAGACUGAUCUAGAGAGAACGAGAGUGGUUUCGACAACUGAGGGCAGGACGCUCGCGAUGACGUACGAGUGUAAAUUCAUCGAAGUGAGCGCGGGGUUCGACCAUAACGUUGACGAGCUCCUAGUUGGCAUUUUGACACAAAUACGACUCAAACAGCGGGCUCUAGCGGGAGAAAACUCGGGCUCGUCGACGACCCCGAAGCAGGAGGGCUCCCCGACCAACGUCAAGCUGAAGCACAAGAACAGCUUCCGCGUGAAGGGCAUCCUCAACAAGUUGCUGAACAAGGACCGAAAGACGAAGUCGUGCGAGAACCUCCACGUGUUAUGAGACACGAGGGGGCUCGGGGGAAUAACGAAGGGCGCAGAAAAGAGUGUGGACAAAUACCCGCUAAACAUGAUGACAAUGUUGAUAGUGUUUGUGUGAACCUGUCACUCGUUUUCGUCCAGAAGAUGUUUUUUUGAGUGUUCCAAACAAUCUCUCGUCAACCCUACCUAACAGUGUUAAAAGAAUAUUCCAACCCUACUCGACGCUGGGAAAGUAUUUCUGCUCUCCCACUGGGGAAAUUAUUUAGACCUUACUUGACCGUGGGAAAAUAUUUAGACCUUACUUGACCGUGAGAAUAUAUUUAGACCUUACUUGACCGUGGGAAAAUAUUUAGACCUUACUUGACCGUGGGAAUAUAUUUAGACCGUGCUUGACCGUGGGAAAAUAUUUAGACCUUACUUGACCGUGGGAAUAUAUUUAGACCUUACUUGACAGUGGGAAAAUAUUUAGACCUUACUUGACAAUGGGAACAUAUUUUGACCUUACUUGACAGUGGGAAUAUAUUUAGACCUCACUUGACAGUGGGAAAAUAUUUAGACCUUACUUGACUGUGGGAAUAUAUUUAGACCUUACUUAACCGUGGGAAAAUAUUUAGACCUAACUUGACAGUGGGAAAAUAUUUAGACCUUACUUGAUAGUGGGAAAAUAUUUAGACCUUACUUGACAGCUGGAAAAUAUUUAGACCUUACAUGGCAGUGGGAAAAUAUUUAGACCUUACUUGAAAGUGGGAAAAUACUUAGACGACGGUGGGAAAAUAUUUAGACCUUACUUGGCCGUGGGAAUAUAUUUAGACCUUACUUGACAGUGGGAAAAUAUUUAGACCUUACUUGACAGUGGGAAAAUAUUUAGACCUUACUUGACAGUGGGAAAAUAUUUAGACCUUACUUGACAGUGGGAAAAUAUUCAGACUUGACCAUUGGAAUAUAUUUAGACCUUACUUGACAGUGGGAAAAUAAUUAGACCUUGCAUGACGGUAAGGAAAAUAUUUAGACCCUGCUUGACACUAAGAAAAUAUUUCAUUCCUAUUAUACAGUGGGAGAAAAGAUUUCAUUCCUAUUUGAGAGUGGGAGAAAAUAUUUUAACCCUGCUUUACAUUGUGAUAAGAUGUUAACCGUACUUGAUUGUGGUAAAAACACUUUAACCCUACUUAAAAGUCAGAAGAAAUUUUUUAACCCUACUUGAAAGUUAUGACAAAUUUCAGCCCUACUUAAAAGACAGAAAAAUACUAAUCCCUACGAAGCAGUAUAUAACACUUGACAGCAAUAUAUAUAUAUAUAUAUAUAUAUAUAU